UUCCAAUUUUGAAAUUAAUAAAUAAAUAAUUUAUAAUAUUUAGUUGAAAAUUGGUCAAUUUGACUCCGUGAAAACAAAAAUGGACAUGUAAAAAAGUACGGAGGGAGUACUUUUCAGUUAGGUGAAAAUUUUUAAUUGAUGGAGAUUUUUAUAAAUGCAGGAGACUAUAAUUAUUACUCCCUCCGUCCCAUUUUAGUUGUCACAUUUCUAUUUUUGUUGGUCAAAUUGACUAAUCUUUGACCAGAGAUUAUAAAUCAUUCUUUCAUUAUUUUAAAAAAUUAAAAAUUAUAUCUUAAACUAAAUUAAAAGUUAUUUCCGGUGACAUAUAUUUCUUAUUUUUUCAAUUGAUAAAAUAUUAAUAAAUUUCAGUCAAGUUAUGAUCAAUUUGACCCGCACAGUAACAACUAAAAUGGGACGGAAGGAGUAAUAAGAUGAGACUAUUAUUAUUAAUGAAAUGAGAAUCAAACACUUAAUAAUUGUCCGCAUACAUACUACAAAAUCCGAAUUUCUAAAUUACAGAACUCGCAUGAUGCCAAUGGAGUAUUGUUAUGUGUACACCGUUAGUUGUUACAAUAACUUAUCAUAAAUAUAACGGUUUGGCUAGUGUGUGCCCAUGGGCACAUGCUAAGUGCGGAAAUUUUUGUAUUUUGGGAGAUUUUGAUUGGUUUGGUUGGUGUAUUUGCAGGGGGUCCACCAUUAUCAUUAGAUAGGAGUCAAUCAAAAUUAUCCAAGCACAAAAUUUUCCGCGCUUAGCAUGUGCCCAUGGGCACACCAUAGAAAAACCGUAAAUAUAAAUAUGGAUCCGUCCUCACGUAUGCACAUAUCUCCUUGAUGCUGGAUACUCCCCGUACGUAUUGUUUUCUUUUGAAAAGCGCUUCCCAUCUACUUAAACAAGUCCAAACCAAUAAAUGUAAAUUUUACCAGAUUUUCUACCACCAACUAUUAAUUAUUAGGUGAAUUAAUGUUGAUUUCAUUUAAAACAUUCAUUCCCAUCGAUUUGGGAUUCUAUAAAUUUACAUAAUCGCUCACAUAAUUAUUCCAACAAAACUCAUAUUGCUCUCAAUAAUUCACCAUGCCAUCUCCUUUUGUUGCUAGGAAAACAAACCCUUCUUCUCUUAAGAAAAAGUUGCAAACAAUUUUAGCUGCAAUAACCGGGGUUUUCCUUCUUGGAGGAUGGGCUUUUACUACUGUCCCGGCUCUUUUUAAUUACUCGAGUUAUUUGGUUCAUCACCAAAUCGCUCAUGUAUCACAUAAACUCAACUAUUAUAUGUCUGGUCAUACGUUUUACGAUGAUCCAGAUUUUAGCUAUUCUAUUACAGACCCUCUUAAGGAUUGGGACCAGAAAAGAGCUGCGUGGCUGAAGGAACAUCCGCAAUUCGCUUCCCGUGGAGCGAACCGGGUUCUCUUGGUGACCGGCUCACAACCUUGGCGCUGCGAAAGUAAUCUAGGUGAUUUCUUGCUUUUGAGACUUUUUAAAAAUAAGGUGGAUUAUUGUCGUAUCCAGGGCUAUGAAAUAUUUUACAACAACGCUUUUCUUGAGACGAAGAUGGACGAUCAUUGGGCCAAACCAGCGGCUAUUCGGGCUUCGAUGCUGGCUCAUCCGGACAAGGAGUGGAUCUGGUGGGUUGAUUCGGACGCUGUUUUCACAGAUAUGGAGUUCAGGUUGCCUCUGGACAAGUACAAGAAUUAUAAUCUUGUCGUAAAUGGAUGGCCCGAUCUGAUUAAGGAGCGGAGCUGGCUCGGGCUCAACACGGGGGUGUUACUCUUCAGGAAUUGUCAAUGGACCCUGGAUUUGUUGAGUGCAUGGGCUUCGAUGAGCCAGUUAAGCCCUGAUUAUGACAAGUGGGGCCAGAUUUUCAAGGCAACAUUUAAGGACAGAGACGAAGCUAGAUCCUCGGAUCAGACCGCUAUGGUCUAUUUGGUGCUGAAACACAACGACACUUGGGGCGAUAAGAUUUAUUACGAGGAUGAAUAUUGUUUUCAGUGCUAUUGGGUGAAGAGUAUUCGUAAGAUAAAGCAAGCGAGAAAUGUGUAUGUGGAAAUGGAGAAGAAUGUGAGUGAGUUUAGGAGGCGGCAUGCCGAGGUGGCCACACAGGGUUAUGGUGCAUUGAGAAACAAGUUCUUGGAACAAGGAGGCUAUGGGAAACAUACAGGAAGGCGGCCGUUUAUUACACAUUUUGUCGGGUGUUCGCCGUGCAGUGGAAACAAUAAUGUGAACUAUUCCGGACAAGAUUGUGUGCAAGGAUUGGAAUUGGCUCUGAAUACCGGUGAUAAUCAAGUUCUUCGUAAUUUUGGAUAUGUUCGUCAUCAGCCCGGAAAUAUUACCUCAUGGGUGUUCCCCUUACCAUUUGAUGAACCAGCCGAAAUUAAUGUAAAUUUGCCGAAUUAGGAUUCAUGAUAUCGGUGUUUAAUAAUAGAUAUUUAUAUAUGUAUGUCGCACCUGUGGCUCAGUCGGGUCACCCCGUUAUUAUCAUCGGCUCCAUUUGCAUAUGCCGGUGAUUAUGUUCAUGAGUAGCUGGUUACUGGUUAAUGUGCAAAAGAUGGUUGAUUGUGUU